AUGAACGGCGCGUCCGCGUCGACGCCACCGCGCAAGACGCAGGAAUUGCCGUCUUCGUCCCUCCUCACACCCACACCCGCACACAACCACAACCACGCCGCACACUCGCCCGGGCCGUCCCCCCGCCCGUCGACGUCGUCCGCCUCGCUGAGCACAGCCGCACGUGAGCCGAUCUCGUCCGCCGGGCUCCUGCAGACGCACAAUGGGAACACGGACGCGGCGCUGGAGGCGGCGGUGAACGAGCGCAACUCGCUGAGCGCGGAGAACCGGCAGCUGUGGAGGCUGCUCGAGAAGUCGCGCGGGGCGUACGGCGACGCGAUCAAGAACCUCGAGCGCGUCCGCGGCGAGCGCGACGCCUACAAGUCGCGCCUGCAGCAUCUGGGCGAGAACACGGACGCGGUAGCGCGGGCGUUCAGAGAGCGCGAGCGGAAGAUGCGCAAGGAGGGCGACAAGCCGGCGGCAAGCUCGAGCAUGGACAGCAACGGCACCGGCAAGCUCACGCCCGAGUGGGGCAUGCCGCGCGCGAUCGCCGCGCCCCCGCGCUCGUCGUCCGUCCCGAUGACAGCCGCGUCGACCUCGUCGCACGGCCCGGCGAUCAGCAUCAGCACCCAGGGACAGGCCCAGCAGGGACCCGGCUCGGGUGGCUCGCCGCUGAGCGCGCACGAGAGCCCCCAGUCGCUGCGGCCGAACACGCACCAGCUUCGGCACGAGAGCAGGAUCGAGCUCCCGGCCGAGGCGAGGGAAUAUAUCCAGAGCAUGACAGAGAGCCCGCUGCCGUCGCCCAGGGCGCCGCAACACCCGCAGGUCACGCGCGUCAACGACGACCGCGACGUCACGGCCAGUCCCGUGCCGACGCUCGAAAUCGAAGAGCCUGAAGAAGAUGCCGAGCUCGGCGCGCGCACGUCCGACGAGCAGGCCGACACGAUCAAGUCCCGCCGCACGACCGAGAGCGCGCCCGUCUCGCCCGCGGACGAGCUCCCGCCGCAUCUGAACAACAACAGCAUCGAUCUGCCCCGCCAGCGCUCGGACUCACGUGGGACGACCGGCUCGUCUGCCAGCCAGGAACAGGUCGUUUAUUCGAGACGGCCGCUGCCGCUGGACACGCCCACGACGCCCACCGCCAACUCGUACAACGCCUCGCAGUCGACGCUGAAUACGCCGGUAACAGCCGUGCCCGCCGCUGGCGCCUUCUCCACUCCCAUCUCGGCGCCUAACAACGGCGUCCCUUCUUCGUCCUCUGCUUCCACCUCCAUGUCAAACUUAACGCCGUCCAGUUCGGCCGCGACUAUCACCUCCACCGCGCCGUCCAGUCUUGGGACGGCGAGCGGACAGGCCGCGCAGGGGACGCCGCAGUUCCGCGCGUUGCCGCUUUUGCCGCAUGAUUUGCCGAGGACGAAGGUUAGCGUGACGGCUAGCACGAUCAGGCCGAACGAUAGAGGGAAGGACGUGUUGAGCUUUGUCGUAUCUGUGGAUCCGGGCAACGGAAAGGACUCCUGGUCGGUCGAGAAGCUUUACAGCGAUGUUGCUGCUCUCGAUGUGCGCGUGCGAGCGGGGUAUGGACGGAGUGUUAGUAAGAAGCUGCCGCAUUUGCCGGAUGGGAAGCUGUGGAGGGAUCAUGCACCCAGUCGCGUCGACCAGCGCAAAGCAGUCCUCGAAGCCUACCUCGGGGCCCUAAUCAGCCUCCCCGUCAAAUCAAACGACGAAGCCAUCGCAUUCCUCACCAGCGACAUCGUCAGGAGCGCCAACAGGCCUGUGUGGCGCGCGGGAUACAAGGAGGGCUACCUCACCAAACGCGGCAAGAACUUCGGCGGAUGGAAAACGCGCUUCUUCGUCCUGCAAGGCCCAAUGCUGGAGUACUACGAAUCCCGCGGCGGCACCCACCUCGGCGUGAUCCCCAUCACAGGCGCCCAAAUCGGCCGCCAACAAAAACCGCAAGACCGCCGCGAAACCGAAGAAGAGUCCGAAUACCGGCACGCCUUCCUCGUCAUCGAAGCCCGCGGCUCCUCUGCCACUCCACCCGCCCAAAGCGGCGACAACAACAAAGCGCGCGCGGGCUCGGGGCACCGACACGUCCUGUGCGCCGAAUCGGACGCCGAGCGCGAUGCGUGGGUCGAUAUGCUCGUGCGGUACGUCUCGGGUACGUAUAACGAUGGAGACUUGAGCGCGCCGGCUGUGAGUCUUGCGGCGAGCCCGAGCCCGAGUAAUCAGGGCCAGCCGAGGAGCAGCACGAGCAGCGAGGUGUAUCGCUCGCAGCAGAGCGGGGAGUACGCGCGCGGCCCGCAGACGGAGUUCGUCAGGCCCGACGUGCCGAGCCGCGCGAAACCUACGCGGGGGAUGAGCAAGGACGACAUCUCCGUCGCGAACGCCGUCCCGCUCUCGAAGCUGGCGCCCGACGCGAGCAAUGCGAAGCUCUUCGCGAGCACGUCGAGUCUGGACGAUACGUCUAUGAUGGACGGGGGGUACACGGACGCGCAGAACGCGCAGAGGAUUCUGCAGGGGAAGAGCUCACCGGCUGGGUCGUUACCGGACGAUGCACCCCUCAGCGCGUCGUUACCGGCGUCUUCGCCGCUCGCUGGAGCAGAGGCGGAGGAUAUCCCGCUCGCGGGCCCGCGCUCGAACUCGGAACUUGGACACUAUCCGCACCUCUCGCCGCCAGGUCAACAGCCUACACCGUCCAGCCGCCGCGAGAAACGACAGAGCUAUCAUCCGCAGCUCAAUGUUGUUCCGCAAGGCGCGACGCCCCCGCGCGAUCCGAGUCCACGACCACAGCGGCCCGUGCAUCCCGCCGCCGCGGCCGUUGCUGCUGCUCAAGCCCAGCAACAGGCGCAACAAGAGCAGCAGCAGCAAGCGCAGAGCAAAGUCAAGAUCUCCGGGCCCGUGGCCGGCUCGGGCGCGCCGAUUCCGGCGGGGUACAAGUUCGGCGCGGCGGAGACGCCCCCGCCCGGGCCUAGUCAGGCGCAGGCUGCGCAGCCCAAGGCAGACAGCAGGAGGGAAAAGGCGAAGAGCAGGCUGCUGUGGGGCUGGAACAAGGGCGCGUCGUCUUCGGAUAAGGAGGACAAGGGCGGUGCCGGCGCAUCGAAGGCGCCCGCGCGCGCCGUGUUCGGCGUCACGCUCGAGGAGAGUCUGGACGUCGCGUCUGUUGUCGGACUGCCCGCGGUCGUGUUCAGGUGUAUACAGUACCUGGAGGCGAAGAAGGCGCAUGAGGAGGAGGGGAUAUAUAGGUUGAGCGGGAGCAGCAGUGUGGUGAAGGCGCUGAAGGACAGGUUUAAUGCGGAGGGGGAUGUGGAUCUGCUCGCGGCCGACGAGCAUUGGGAUCUGCAUGCUAUUGCGGGGCUGUUGAAGACGUUCUUCAGGGACCUGCCGAGCACGAUCCUGACGAGUCAGUUGCAUAUGCGGUUUAUGAGGGUCAUGGACUACGUAUCGGCCGAAGAGCGUCUGACGGAGCUCACGCGCCUCAUCCGCGCUCUUCCGUUGGCGAACUACUCCCUGCUCCGCGCCCUCUCCGCGCACCUCAUCCUCAUCGUCGACAAUAACGCGCAGAACAAGAUGACGAUGCGAAACGUCGGCAUCGUCUUCUCGCCCACGCUCGGCAUACCCGCGGGUGUAUUCGGUCUCAUGCUCGGCGCAUUCAACCGCGUGUUCGACGUGGACGAUCCCAACGGCGGUGCGCCGGUCGAGGUGGAGCCGGUGCAGGACGAGAGGAGGAAUAGCAGGCAGUACACUGAUGCGGCUGCCGAUAGGCUUCUUGGGCUCUCGGGGCGUACGCUGUCGCGCGGAGCGGGGCCGGGAAUCGGUGCACCGCGCGCUACGCCUGAAGCGGAAGCCGAUACGGACACGGAUGACGAUAAUGAGCUUGAGCUCAGUGUUCAUGAUGAGAGCGGGACUGAGGGCACCGCGACGGAUGCGGAAGAUGAGGCGGCGGCGGCGAAGGAGCGUGAAGGGAGGGCGAGGGCACUGGCGGCGGGGAGAGGGUUGAGCAUCAAUACGGCGGAGAGCAAGAGGGCGAGUCGGUUGCCGCCUGGGGCUGGUGCUGGGGGACAUGUGGGGCUGCCGAGCAGUCCGAGGCCGACGGGGAGCCCGUUCAAUCCGGCUUUUCCGGGACAAGGGGCGGGAGGGCAGCAGGGGGCGAUGGGCGCUUCGUUACAGGUGCCUAGAUGA